AUUGCGAAGUUUUUUUCGUGAUAGAAAUGCUCAAUCAAUAUAUUAUGCUGAUAGUAAUGAUGAUGGCUCAACAUGGUCAGUACCAAAAGUAACAUCUCUACCAAAUAAUGAUGCUGGAAUUGAAAGUUAUACAUUAAAGAAUGGAGCUGUUCUUAUGACAUUUAAUAAUCUGAAUGGAACACAACAACCAAGAUCACCAUUAACAAUUGCACUUUCGUACGACAAUGGGUUGACUUGGCCAUAUCAAAGAAAUAUUCAAAUUCAUGCUGAUGAUAAUACAACAUAUAUUGGAGAAUAUUCAUAUCCAUCUUUAUUACAAACGUCAUGGACUGCAGCAGAUGAUAAUGAUAUACAUUUAGUAUAUACAUAUGAUAGACAAACAAUAAAAUAUGUUCGAUUUAAUGAAAAAUGGAUUAGAUAA